AUGAUUUCUCUCAGACGAACUAGAUAUAUUGGUUACUUCAUUUUGGCUGGGAUAUGUUUAUUGUUAUCUAUCUAUCUAUCUAUCUAUCUAUCUAUCUAUCUAUCUGUUAUGGUCCAGUUUUUGUUACAAUUUAAUUAUCUAUCUAUCUAUUUUCUAUCUAUCUAUCUAUUUCAAAAUUGGAUGAAUCAACCAAAAAAAUUUAAAAUGAAAUAUCAUUUUUUAUCAUUAAUCUAUCUAAUGAAAUCGGUUCUAUCAACAAAUAUCUAUCUAUCUAUCUAUCUAAUAAAAAAAACAUUUUAUAAACAGAGAAAAUAUCUAUUAUCUAUCUAUCUAUUUAGAAAUCUAUUUGUCUUUCUAAUAAAUUUUCUUUAUCUAUUAUUAUCUAUGUAUUAUCUAUUAUCUAAUUUAAUUCAUUUUCUAUCUAUCUACCUAUCAAUAAUCUAUAUCUAUUUUCUUCUUGUCUAUCUAUCUAUCUAUCUAUCUAUCUAUCUAUCUAUCUUUCUAUCUAUAUUAUGUCUCUUCAUUUUUUUCAUUUUUAUCUAUCUAUCUGUUAAAUAUAUCUAUUCAUUUUUUAUAAAAAAAUCUAUCUAUCAAGAAUCUAAUUUUAAUAAUUUUAAUUAUCUAUCUAUCUAUCUAUCUAUAUAUUUAAUUUUAUUCAUUUUUAUUAUUAUCAAUCUAUUUCAAUUUCAGAAAUGA